CCUAAAACGACCAUUCAACGCAUUUUUGUUGUUCUCUUCUUCAUUCUCCAUCUGCGCAUCUCCCACUCUCUCUAACUCCCUUUAUCUUCUCGAUUAAUUUCACUCAGAAAAAUGUUGACUGAAACUCCGUUUAGGCCACGAGAGAAGCUUCUUGAGAAGCAGAGGCUGUUCCAGAGCAUCCAAAGGCACACUUACCUCAAAGGACCAAUGGACAAGGUCACCUCCGUUGCCAUUCCUCUUGCCUUGGCUGCAUCUGCUCUCUACAUGAUUGGAACAGGAAUCUACAACAUGUCGAAUGGAAUCGGGAAGAAGGAAUAAGCAAAAACAACAGCUUCUUCUUCUUUCUUCUUUCCUUUUUUUUACGCUUUGGGAGGUUUUUUUUUUCUCUGUGUAUCCAGUGGCUAGCAUGAUAGGUUGCAGACUAAAGGUUGCACUGGUCUUUUUCUUGCAUUUUGCCAAAUAAUUGCAGCAGACAAUGUCGAAAGAUAAAAAGAUGUUUGGUGGAAUAAAGUUCCAUGAGUUUGGAAAGUU